AUGACGGCGCAGACUUGCGACUCUUGCUCCAUCACCAAAUGCGUGUCCAUCACCACCAACACCCCGCCACCCUCGAGCAGCACGAAUGUGGGUGCGAUCGCCGGUGGUGUAGUGGGAGGUGUCGUCGCACUUGCCAUCAUUCUCUUCCUCAUCUGGUGGUUUGUGGUGCGCAAACGCCGCAAUGCUCAGGGAUCGGAGGAAGAAAAGGAUAACAGUGUUUUCAAUGCGGCCCGUGAGGCUCGUCAGUCCACCCAGUCGAUUGCUUCCACUGUUCUGACGCGCGCCUCCAAUGUCAUUCAAAUCGCCUACAUUCCGGGGGUCACCAACCGUUCCCCUCCCGACACCCCAAACACCUUGGUGCCCCCGGUGCCGCCUCUGCCCGGUGCGCACCCGGACCAGCACUUCUUCAUGCCCGGCGACCUGCGCGAUUCAACCUGGACCACUAUGACCGGGCACCAGAGCAUGUCGCCCACGCUGCGUAGUAGUGUGGCCACCACCGUUUACCGCAGCGAUGCAAUCGUCAGUGCCACACCGGCACAGCAGAUCCAGCGUUCGCGCGCCAAUAUCGUCAGCGUGCACAAUAGCCCUGGAGGGUCCGGGUCCAGCGAAGCGACUCAACCGACUCCCGUCAUGAUCACCCCCCGCGAUGCUCCCGCCGUCCCCACCAUCACGUCCACCCAACUGGCCAAGGCCAGUGCAUUCGCCCAGAGUAACAGCUCGAUUGUCGCACGUCAAGUUGUCGCCAAACCCGUCAUGGUACGCGGUCCCUCGGUCAAACGGAAGAACGGUUCGCCGAGCAACAGCCCCAAAGGGGACUCGGAAGCCAAAACCCCUACCCUCGCCGGAUCAGACUCGACUGCCUGUUCACGCGACCGUUCAACGUCGACUCUGAAUGGCAACACGUCCGAGGAUGACGAUGCUACCAGUGGCAACGAUACGCGACCCACCACCUCCUCCAACUCAACCAAGAUCACGGUCAUCACCCCGCCCGACGAAUCUCCUCAGAGUGAAGGAGGACCCUUCCAAGAUCAUACCAGUACUGCCAAGAGGCUAUCGGCUGUCGAUUCCAAACGCAGCUCUCAACAUACCGACCGGACCCCACCUCCUCGUGGGCCGAGUCCCUUCUCAGACGACAAUGAGGUCAAAUAG